GAGAGAGUGAACAUUGUGUUCAACUACGACAUGCCGGAGGACAGCGACACAUACCUGCAUCGCGUGGCGCGCGCCGGACGCUUCGGCACCAAAGGGCUGGCCAUCACUUUCGUGUCGGACGAGACUGACGCCAAGAUCUUGAAUGAAGUUCAGGACCGCUUCGACGUUAAUAUUCCCGAAUUGCCCGAAGAGAUCGACAUUUCCUCCUAUAUACCGGAAUAUUCUGGACUCGCAAUGACUUCGUACACAGAUAAGGGCCAACAGCCAGAAUCGGGUCGAUUCGUGCACUUCGAUCACAUCACCUUUUGGGUGGGAAACGCCAAACAGGCGGCGCUCUACUACUGCGUGCACCUCGGCUUCAAGCCGUUCGCCUACCGGGGCCUCGAGACCGGCUCACGCGAAGUGGUCGCUCACGUCGUCCGACAGAAUGACGUGAUAUUCGAGUUCCAGUCGGCGCUGAACCCGGGAAACGCCGAAAUGGGCGCCCAUUUGGUCCGACACGGGGAUGGCGUCAAAGACAUCGCCUUCAGUGUGGAGAACAUCGACUUUAUUGUAGCCAAAGCUAAGGCUAAGGGCGCGGUUGUGGUCCGCGAUGUGCGCGAAGAGACCGAUAACUUCGGGACCAUUAAGUUGGCGACCGUUCAGACUUUUGGCGACACCACCCAUACGUUUGUGGAGCGCUCCCAAUACAAGGGCCUGUAUUUACCCCACUAUAAGACCUCACCGUUAGAUGCCGCAUUCGUGUCGACCCUACCGCCGGUUGGCCUCCGUUUCACUGACCACUGCGUCGGCAAUCAGCCGAACGACGCCAUGGAGUCCGUCACCCAGUGGUACGAAAAAAGUCUAUUAUUCCACAGAUUCUGGUCCGUCGACGACAAACAGAUCCACACCGAGUACUCAUCCCUGCGCUCCAUUGUAGUGACCAAUUGGGAUGAGACCAUCAAAAUGCCGAUCAACGAGCCGGCGCCCGGCAAACGCAAGUCACAGAUCCAGGAGUACAUCGACUACUAUGGCGGCGCCGGCAUCCAACACAUUGCCCUCAACACCAACAAUAUUAUUGAAUCGCUGAAAGCGUUGAGAGCUCGCGGAAUGGAGUUCCUGAAGACUCCGGACACGUAUUACAAGCAGUUGAGAGAGAAUCUGAAGCAAUCGAAGGUAAAGAUUGUGGAGGACUUGGAUGUGCUCCAGGAGCUCAACAUUCUGGUCGACUACGACGACAACGGCUAUCUGUUGCAGAUAUUCACGAAACCAAUGCAAGACAGACCGACACUAUUCGUGGAAGUCAUACAACGCCGUAACCACACCGGCUUCGGGGCCGGAAAUUUCAAGGCCCUGUUCGAGGCCAUCGAAGCGGAACAGGAGCUCAGAGGCAACCUGUGA